GUAUCUCACAGGCUUACGUUAAAGUGUGGUAUUGGUUAAAAUAAGCCAACCUUUUGCUACUUUUGGUGCAUCACGUAAAUCCCCUAUUAUUUUUUUGUAUCACAGAAAACGUGUCGGAACCUUAGUUUGCAGAAACUUUCAUUAAUAAUAGGCUUUUAAAUUCAGUUGGUCAUUCACUUUUAGACUCGCGUGCAAAGACCUGACAAGAUUAAACCGAGCGAUUUGUUUUUAUCUUGUUUAAACCGUGAUCAGAGGAAAGUUAACAAACUGUAGUCUCUCUUAUUCGGAGCUCAAAGUGUGCGUGAUGACACGCUGGACUCUCAAAAUUGUAAACAAGUAGGCCGAGAGGCAAAGCUUACUGCUCCUGCUGUAGAAAAACUAUUAUGAUCAUUGGAUUUUUAUGCUCUUGCAAACUCGGCUUAAAUAUUUCGUGAGUUUCACUCAACAGUUUUACAUAGAAGGUGUCAGUGUGUUCUGUGUGUACAUGAUAGUUUUGUUUUGAAGACAACAUCGGCCACAGUGGGAAGAAAGUCUUAAAAAAUUGUCCCACAAAACUCCGGAUAUUUAGGUAACAAUUUCGCACACAGUUUAUUUGGCGUUUUGUGACGGUCAUCUUCUAUUCCACCGACUGGACCUUUCUAGUGAACAUGUUCGCGAAGUGAGUCUUUGUGGUUUUAAUUUCUGCAGAGAUGAGUGCAGACGCGGCAAGCACGCCGCAUAGCCCGCUCAAAAGCCUUGCUUGCAUUUCGGGCUUGGGUUUCCGGCUACCACAGGCAAACGACAUUGAUGAGUUGUCCUAUACUCUGAAAGCUGGUCAUUGUAACCUUGCAGAUCCUCGAUGGCCUCCUGGGGUGUUUGGAAUGAGGCACAAAUGUGGGCGGUUGGAUUCGGUUGGAGAGAUGGACUGUCAAUUUUUCAACGUUUCUCCGUUGGAGGCUUUCUGCAGCAAUCACAUGCUCGGGCCGCUUCUGGAGGUUGUAGCUGAGUGCAUCAUGGACUCUGGACUGACAUUUGCCGAAGUCUCUCAUCGAAAAACGGGAUUUUACUUGGGCAUGACCCAAUGUGACACCGACUAUAUAAAAACAGGACCCUUCUCAAGUCCUUCUGAAUACUAUCUUCGCCAACAACUCCCAACUCAGCAGUGCAAAAAGUGUAAACGUCAGUAA